GUCAUAUGCCGGGGAUUUGGAGCUCGUGAAAAAAAAAUGUGGAGAAAAAACGCGUAUCGAGAGCAUGAGUGGGAGUGCGUGCAUUAGGGGACGUAUGUGGAAGUAAAACAGAUCCCUCAGGCCUGCGAGCCUAUCGCGCUGCGUUUGUCAUCCCUGCCCGGCGACAUUUUUUUUUCCCUAAGCUCCAGCACACUAAACGGGGAGCUUUCCUCGCAGCCUUCCUGAAGCCCCCUGAUUUUUGUGCUCACUGUUGGUGGGUGCAUUUUAUUUUAUUUUUGAUUCCCUGGACUAUGGGUUAUGAUGUCAAUAUUCACUGAAGACAAAAAGCAACCUUUUCUGCAUCUCGGUGGUAGGCAUAUUCCUCAUCGUCCUUUCAAACUUGUGGUGGAAUAGGUUUUCUUCUCUUUCUGUGUAUUUGAGCCGGCACAGUUACCACAAUCGAGCUUGUCUUUAACUUGUGAGCGGUGGUGGUCAUGCUGUGAGAGGAGCUCGCUCGGAGGCCGAGGCCAAGUGCACACAGCUGCCGCCCGGACGUCCGUCCCACCGGCGCCGACCCGCGCAGAGUCAUAGUGUGAAAAUGAACCCCAAGGAGAACUGGUGAAAUCACGUCCAGUGGGCACCUCUGAGCUCUGACCUACUGAGGAAGCAAAUCGGAUCCGCGGAGCCACCUCCAGGCAACCGAGUUCAGUGCGAUCACAUCUGGUAGAAGUGGGAAAAAAUGUAGUCAUUGAAUCCAAUCAAGUGUUUGAGUCUCUGAAAUCAUCUCAGCACCCCAUCAAGAAGGCUCUGGUUGGUCCCACAGACAUAUGGCCGUCCAAGGAACCACAUAAAGAUGGAGAAAUCAAGGCACAGAAAAAUUAAGUGACUUGGCCACCGUCCCAAGCUGGGGAGGACCAGGAUUAGAAAUCGGAGAGAACCCUGGCUCUGGCCUGCGUCCGGCCACGGAGCCACGCUGCCUCCAUUCCUGGAAGAGAAGGCUUCCUGCAAGAUGGAGUUGGACACUGAGGAGAAGCGUCACCGCACGCGGUCCAAAGGGGUUCGAGUUCCCGUGGAACCAGCCAUUCAGGAGCUGUUCAGCUGCCCCACUCCCGGCUGUGAUGGCAGUGGCCACGUCAGUGGCAAAUAUGCAAGACACAGAAGCGUAUACGGCUGCCCCCUGGCCAAAAAGAGGAAGACGCAGGACAAGCAGCCCCAGGAGCCCGCCCCCAAGCGGAAGCCGCUGGCAGUGAAGGCGGACAGCUCCUCGGCGGAGGAGUGCUACGACAGCGACGGGUCCGAGGACCUGGACGAGGAGGACGAGGACUCCGAGGACGCGGAGGACGAGGAGGUGGACCGGGACGAGGAGGAGGACGCGGACGCGGACGAGGACGAGGACGAGGACGACGAGGACGACGACGAGGAUGACGAGGAAAACGAAGACCAUCAGAUGAACUGUCACAAUACUCGAAUAGCGCAAGACCUGGAAAAGGGCGAAGCCAAUACCGACGAGUACGACAACUACGAUGAGCUCGUGGCCAAGUCCCUGCUGAACCUCGGCAAGAUCGCCGAGGACGCGGCCUACCGGGCCAGGACCGAGUCGGAGAUGAACAGCAACACGUCCAACAGCCUGGAGGACGACAGCGACAAGAGCGAGAGCCUGGGCCGGAAGGGCGAGCUGAGUCUGGACCUGGACAGCGACGUGGUCCGGGAGACCGUGGACUCCCUCAAGCUGCUGGCGCAGGGACACGGAGUGGUGCUCGCAGAAAACGUGAUCGACAGGGGGUACACGGACAUGCCGGUGCAGCAGGACGGCCGGGGCCUGAACUACCUGAUGCUGGGCAAGCCGGCCAACAACGGGCUGGCCGAGAAGGCAGUGGAGGCCAGCGACGAGGAGGUGUGCCUCAGCAGCCUGGAGUGUCUGCGCAGCCAGUGCUCCGACCUGGCCCGCCGGCUGAGCGAGGCCAGCCCACAGGAGCGCAGCCCACAGCCAGGCAGCGGCGGCCGCCCGCUCGGCCGGCAGGACGACGCCGCCCCGGGCCGGACGCCGGGCAGGAACUACUCAGACAUGAUGAACCUCAUGCGGCUGGAGGAGCAGCUGAGCCCCCGCUCGAGGGCCUUCUCCAGCUGCGCCCAGGAGGACGGGUACCUCGAGAGAGACGCGGACACCACCUCCGUGGCCUCGGACAGGUCGGAGGAAGUGUUCGACAUGACCAAGGGGAACCUGACACUCCUGGAGAAGGCCAUCGCCCUGGAAACGGAGCGAGCGAAGGCCAUGAGGGAGAAGAUGGCAGUGGAGGCCGGGCGGCGGGACAGCGCGAGGCCCUACGAGGAGCAGUCGCCAAGGCAGCUCCCUGGGGAGGAGAGGAAGCCCAAGCCCAGUGACAGCCAUGCCAAAAAGCCAUACUAUGAUCCCUCGAGAGCAGAAAAGAAAGAGAGCAAGUGUCCAACCCCAGGGUGUGAUGGAACUGGCCACGUUACCGGGCUUUAUCCGCAUCAUCGCAGUUUGUCCGGGUGCCCGCACAAAGAUAGGGUCCCUCCAGAAAUUCUUGCCAUGCAUGAAAAUGUUCUCAAGUGUCCUACUCCGGGCUGCACAGGGCGAGGGCAUGUAAAUAGCAACAGGAACUCACACAGAAGCCUCUCUGGAUGCCCUAUUGCUGCCGCAGAGAAAUUAGCAAAGGCCCAAGAAAAACAUCAGAGCUGUGAUGUGUCCAAGUCCAACCAGGCCUCAGACCGCGUGCUAAGGCCAAUGUGCUUUGUGAAGCAGCUCGAGAUCCCUCACUACGGCUACAGAAACAACGUCCCCACCACUACGCCUCGCUCCAACCUGGCCAAAGAGCUGGAGAAAUAUUCCAAGACUUCGUUUGAAUACAACAGUUACGACGGCCAUACUUAUGGCAAGCGGGCCAUAGCCCCCAAGGUGCAAAGCAGGGAUAUAUCCCCCAAAGGAUAUGAUGCGAAGCGGCUCUGCAAGAGCAGCCCGAGCAGCGGGAGCAGCAGCUACGCGCCCAGCAGCAGCGGCCUGAGCUGCGGCGGCGGGAGCAGUGCGAGCAGCACGUGCAGCAAGAGCAGCUUCGACUACGCGCACGACGUGGAGGCGGCGCACAUGGCGGCCGCCGCCAUCCUCAACCUCUCCACGCGCUGCCGCGAGAUGCCGCAUAACCUGUCCACCAAGCCGCAGGACCUGUGCGCCGCGCGGAACCCUGACAUGGAGGUGGAUGAGAACGGGACUCUGGACCUCAGCAUGAACAAGCAGCGGCCGAGAGAGGGCUGCUGCCCCAUCCUGACCCCCUUGGAGCCCAUGUCCCCCCAGCAGCAGGCGGUGAUGAACAACCGCUGUUUCCAGCUGAGCGAAGGAGACUGCUGGGACCUGCCUGUCGACUACACCAAGAUGAAGCCCCACAGGGCCGACGACGACGGCUCCGAGGAAAUCACCCCGGAGGACCUGGAUCCGUUCCAGGAGGCCCUGGAAGAAAGAAGGUACCCAGGAGAGGUGACGAUCCCGAGCCCCAAGCCCAAGUACCCCCAGUGCAAGGAGAGCAAAAAGGACUUAAUAACUCUGUCGGGCUGCCCACUGGCUGACAAAAGCAUUCGAAGUAUGCUGGCCACCAGCUCCCAAGAGCUCAAGUGUCCCACCCCUGGUUGUGAUGGCUCUGGGCACAUUACUGGCAACUACGCUUCUCAUCGAAGCCUUUCAGGUUGCCCAAGGGCCAAGAAGAGCGGCAUCCGGAUAGCGCAGAGCAAGGAAGACAAAGAGGACCAGGAGCCCAUCAGGUGCCCGGUCCCCGGGUGUGACGGCCAGGGCCACAUAACCGGGAAGUACGCCUCUCACCGCAGCGCGUCCGGCUGCCCGUUGGCGGCCAAGCGGCAGAAGGAGGGGUACCUCAAUGGCUCCCAGUUCUCCUGGAAGUCGGUCAAGACGGAGGGCAUGUCGUGCCCCACGCCAGGAUGCGAUGGGUCGGGCCACGUCAGCGGCAGCUUCCUCACGCACCGCAGCCUGUCAGGAUGUCCGCGCGCCACGUCAGCGAUGAAGAAGGCGAAGUUGUCGGGAGAGCAGAUGCUGACCAUCAGACAGCGGGCCAGCAAUGGCAUAGAAAACGAUGAAGAAAUCAAACAGUUAGAUGAGGAAAUCAAGGAGCUAAAUGAAUCCAAUUCCCAGAUGGAAGCCGAUAUGAUCAAGCUCAGAACUCAGAUCACCACCAUGGAGAGCAACCUGAGGACCAUCGAGGAGGAGAACAAGGUGAUCGAGCAGCAGAACGAGUCCCUCCUGCACGAGCUGGCCAGCCUGAGCCAGUCCCUCAUCCACAGCCUCGCCAACAUCCAGCUGCCGCACAUGGAUCCAAUCAAUGAACAAAAUUUUGAUGCAUACGUGACUACUUUGACGGACAUGUAUACAAAUCAAGAUCGUUAUCAGAGCCCAGAAAAUAAAGCCCUACUGGAAAAUAUAAAGCAAGCUGUGAGAGGAAUUCAGGUCUGAACAGCUGCUGUAGUGAUGGGAUCUGCUUAAAAAAGGAUGCCUCUUAUUCUUUGCUGCUGUGACUUACCAGAAAGUGUUAUAUAUUUAUUUCUGUUCGAAACGGUGUUAUGCUUACAAGACUUCAUAAUGAUUUUAUGUCUUGCUUUAAAGAUAGUACCUGCAGAGUAGUUUUUGAAUACAUUCACAUUUUGUACGUUUUCAUAUGAGCUGACAUAGUGUGAUAUGCCAUGUGAUGUUUAUAGCUGCUACCGUAUGCACAUCUGGGGGUAUAUAUAUUUCUGAAGAGGUAAGCCGAUCAAAAUAAAUAGAGUGUACAUUCUUUUUAAUGCUUUAGUGAUUAAAUGUUUUAGUAUUUUGAACUGAAAUGGACAAAAAUUAAAAAAAAAAAAAAACAGCUUUGAAUGAUCACUGGGUGGCCCCACAGCCACUUUUUAGACAUCAUCAUUUUGCCUCAUGUUGGAGGAUUUUAUGGAAUUUAAGAAAUACAUUUUGUGUGCAUAUUGUUUCAUAGCAAGAAUUGGUUGAAAAAAAAAUGCUUUAUUUUUGAACAAUGCUCGGAAAUAUUAUGUGAUUUUUUUGUCUGUUUGUUUUAGGAGGAUGGUGUAUGGUGGGGGCAAUAAAUGAGGUUUUUUGCAUUCCAAGGAAAUGGCAUAUGGAUUAACUGUAAGAAAUGAGAUAAGUGAUUUAUUGUAAGACAACAUCAAGCCAUGGAAACUUGGCAGAAGAUUCAAAGCAGCUUAAACAGCACUUUUAAAUUAACUCCUGAGCAUUACAUGGUAUGACUAUGGGAGCAUCAGUUGAGACAGGGGCUUGUGAAGGUGGACGACGUGGAGAUUUCCUUUUCCAUUUCAGCAAACUUUGGAACAACCUUCUCUUAUCUCCCCAAGAGUUUCACGUCCCUCUGGACUGUUAUUGCAGUGUGGUUUAUCUAACAGAUUCUGUGGUUUUAAUUUAAGCGCAAAGAUAAUUUAAGAGUAUUUAUUUCCCCCUUCCACUUCUAAACAUUACUGUCAUGUUGUCGUUACUCUUACAUCUCGGGGGUGACAGCAGAUGGUGCGAGGGUCUUCGAGUUACUGGACUGAGUCUUCUGCUGGACUGGGGGAGGCCGCUGAGCCACGUCACUCCCUGCCCCCACCCCAGCCUCGGCCUGAAUAAGCAUUCGGUCCUGUUCAGAGCAUCUCAGAACGUGUCACGCCUUCCCUGGAGACCAGCUGACCACAGGGCAUUUGCAUCCCCUCGUUGUUUGAUUUGUCAUGACCUAUUCUGAGAAUGGAUGCAAUCAGAUUUUAGGAGUAAUUACUUAUACUUCAGCACUUUUUGCUUUACCCUAGAUCAUAUUAGACUUGUUUAUACCUUGGAGAUUUGAUCGUUUCACUCCAACGACUGCACUAAUGUAUGCAUAAGACCACUUUGACCACUGCGUUCUCCCCUCCCGCGUGGUCCCUAGGAUGACGUGUUGUGUUUUCUGAUGUUGACUUGAUUUACAUGUGACGGCAUCUCUUCCUUCCAUGUCUUGAUGUUAUGCAGGAAGUACAGAAGUACUUUAAAAUUUUGUUAUGAAAAAAAAAAAGAUGGGUUUUGUAAAAAUAAAAAAAAAUAUUUUUAGCAGAACAGGACUUACAGGGUCAUUGUCCCCACAACGUGCCAGUCGACUAUUUGCACUACCUUGUCCUAUAUAUCCGCACGGAGGUGUGCAAUUCCUGGUGUCAGCCGCCUCGGACGCUGACCCUGGAGGAGAGAGGCCCUCACGGCUGACCCGAUGAUGUCGCUGUGGGAGAUUACAGGGGCCCCACAGCAAAUAUUCUGAUACAAUACUCAACCUCGGUAUAUAUAUGUAUAAAGAUAUGUAUAUCCCAGUGGCACUUUAUACUGCUCACUGUACAAAAGCUUACAGUUUUCCACGAGGACUUUAAUACCUAGCUGGAGAAAGACGAUGUAAUCACAGGGGCUCUGCCGCACCUCCUCCGGAGAGCGCCCUCUUUCUGUCGUGCGUUGAGCUGUAGCGGCCGUGCUCAGAAUUGCCUUUUGAGAGCUGCAGCAAGGUGCUUCCCGUCACCUGAUGCCAUAUAUACUGUCCCGGGCCCCAGCUCCUCACAGGCCCCAUUGUUCAUACUGGCAUAUGCAUCUCCCCGCCGCGUCGUGUCUGCUGCUUCUUUACCGAUAUAGUGAUGCUUUUAGUAGAGUAAUAGUAUCAGUUUUGUAAUCACCUACGUACAGUGGGAAGGGGUUUUAAGCACAAAUCUGCUGCUCAUCUAACGUUGGUACAUAAUAUCCGAUCAAAAGUUAUCUGUGACUAUUAUAUAGGGAUCACAAAAGUGUCACAUAUUAGAAUGCUGACCUUUCAUAUGGAAUUAUUGUGAGUCAUCAGAGUUUAUUUAUUAUAACUUAUUGUUCAUAUUCAUUUCUAAGUUAAUUUAAGUAAUCAUUUAUGAAGACAGAAUUUUGUAUGAAUAUUUGCUGUGCUCUCUGUGGAACUGGAGUUUGAUUUAUUUUUGUACGACACGGCAUGGGUUUGUGGCCACUUUGAUUUUGCUAUAAAUGUGUGGAAUCACGAGUUGCAAUGAUACUUCAUUUUUAAAUUGUGGACUUUGUACAAACUUUGUCAUGCUGGAUGUUAACACAUCUUACUCUAAAUAAAAAAGGUGUUACCACAUUUGU